AUGGCUCGCGCAAGACGAAGUUGGACAAGCAAGGAAGACGAACUUCUGCGUCAGGCAGUGAUGGCUGCUGAACAACAACGCCAACCUCUUCGUUGGCGCGAGCUUGCGAAGGCCGUCCCUGGGAGAUCCAACAAGGACUGCCGCCGGCGGUGGUGGAAUAGUCUCGCGGACGGCAGGACCAUGGGCCUUUGGUCCGAGAACGAGGACGAGCGUCUGAUUGCCGCUAUCCAGCGCUGGGGCACGAAUUGGACCAAAGUGGCUGCCGAGGUCGGGUCAAGAAGUGCAGAUCAGUGCUCAAGUCACUGGAACCAUGUCCUGGAUCCUAAAAUCAAUUACUGCGACUGGACACCCGAGGAGGACGCAGACCUCCUCCACGAAGUUCUGACCAACGGUACCAAGUGGGCACAAAUCGCGAGCUAUCACACUCCAACUAGGACCACUCUUGCACUCAAGAAUCGGUACUCUACUUUGAGGGUCAAGAACGAGAACAGAAGCCGAACACGCCAAACUCACCCUAGUCCAUCCUCCGGACAUGCAACACUGCAAAGCAUCCACGCUCAGGCGAGUUUAAGAAACUCCGAGGGGGUCAGCACAUCCAAUUCGAGCGAUAACAGCGAAUCCAUGCGAUCCGAUGACGCGGAAGAGGAGGAAGAGGAAAGAGAACCCGUGAAAGAAAAUGGCAAAGUAAUACGUACGUGGCUCGAGGACGUUAGCAGCGACAUGGACGUCCAAAACGACGGCGGCAUGGAUACGCGCCCCUCUCGGCCAAGUGGCACUACGCCUGUGAGAAUGGAGGGGAUCAAUGUUUCGAUGCCAGACAAUACAGCCUGGUAUGAGUACCCGAAGGAGAGCGUCCUUCCGACUCCAGACAUGAACGAGGACAGUGGCAUAGCUAUGGAGGAUUAUUUGCAACUCGACCCGGCUCUGCUGCGAGGCCAAGCUACAGAGCCACCCUUCAACUUGCCCGCAGGUUGCUACUUUGACCAACAGCAGCCGACUCCACAGCAGCCGACUCCACAUAAGCGGAAUACAUCUCACCUCCCACACGGGUUGAGCACUGCAAAUCAUCCCCUUUCAGACACCGCUGGAUGCACUCAACCUGCCCAUGCAACUUCGCUGGACGGAAGCAACAAGGUCCCGGAGUGCAAUGACUGGGCCAUGGGAAACAAGACCUCCUCUGUAUCCAAAUCGACACCUUCUUUCCCAUCACUCGCGCCACAUGAUGGGACACCACCAGCACCAAAGUCGACAAAGUUCCGAGUGUCAAUAUCACUCACAUGCGAUGAGGCGCAGCUGGCUUCAGCCCUGACACAGCUGACCAAUUUUGGGACUGGCUUAUCUAUCAGUGUGGAAAAAUAUGAUUAG